AUCGGUGUCGGAUUGCUUCUGGAGAACGCACUUGUUCGUGUUGAUUAGUAUAGGGCUCUGUAUUGCAUUGAGACUUCCUGUUUGUUUAUGCAGUGGCAUCACAAUUCAGUGCUUAUCAAGCGUACUUCCAGCUGUGGUGUGCUACAGCUACAUUUUUACAUCACUUUUUGACCGCAACGAAUGCCCGAUGACAUGCUAUUUAUGCAUCGAUUUUCCAUCACCCACUCGCUGGCAAAGCGAUACUCACGAAAGAUGACUCCCAUAAUGCGGAUGCUGGCUCUUGGACUCGGCCUGGCCUCCGUGGCUGAGGGCUGGUACGAUGAGACUGUGAAAGACCACACCCACCGCAAGAACUAUGUCGUCUCGGAGCAGAGCAGACUGCAGCUUGUGGAGCAGGACCUCGAGCUGGCGGCGAAUCUCAACGCAUACGCGGAGCAGCUGCAGAAGAAGAUCAGUGUGCUGAGGAGAGUGGCUGAGAAUUGGCGGCGGGCUUUGGACGAGGCAAAGGGCAGGGAGGAGGAGUACCUAUCGAAUCCGCUGCACAGUUUCCCGCUCAUCCGCACGUUGCACGAGGACUGGGGCCCCGUGGAGAGGCUCAUGCAGCAGCUCGUGGGGCAAGAGCAGAUCGCUGCGUUGGAGCUGAUGCGGGAGCAUCUUCCCGGGGCGGAAGAUGUGGCAGAGGCCAUGUGGGGAAUUUUCCGCAUUGUCCACACGCAUAAUCUCGAACCGAAGGAUGUGGCCGAGGGAGUCCUGGAUGGCAUCCAGUACAGGGGUCGGCUCUCUGCUUUGGACUGCCAGGCGCUGGGGAAGUUCUACUUCCACGUAGCCGACUACCAGACAGCCAUCAAGUGGCUGACCCUGUCCCAAGAUUUGAUGGAGGAGCAACCUCUGGAGUACUACGAUGAGCUGGGGGCCACGAGCAGUGGCAUUACCCUUCUGCUGGCCCGCUGCUUGGUGGCCUCAGACAGGUUCGACGAGGCAGUGAUUCUUCUGGGGGGGGACAAGACGUUCGGGAACAAGGCCUACCACAUCGUGUCGCACUUCCAGAAGCAUCCACCGCAGCAAUCCAUCAACAUGGAGAACGGGAACUUCACGGAGAAAUUCAACCGACUUUGCAGUUCCAUGAGCAGACGGAAGACGGACGGAUCCGCUGCCCACUCGAAGCCUGCGCGCCUGCAUUGUCGCUACAAUGCCACAACCACAGCCUUCCUGCGACUGGCCCCCCUACGGAUGGAGGAGCUCUCCUUGGACCCCUACAUCGUGCUGUACCACAAUGUCCUGAGCGACGAAGAGAUGGCCAGGCUGGAAAACAUGAGCACCCCUCUGCUGCACCGCGCGCGCGUCUUCGACAGCGGGAUAAGAAAGCCGAAAAUCUCACCCGCCCGCACUGCCGAUGAAGUCCAGAUCCCGAACCCCAAGCUGGUGGCCGAGGAUUUACAGCUGGUGGAGCGCAUUCAGAAACGAAUGACGGAUCUCACGGGCCUCAUGCUAACGAGCAUGAGACGUAUUCAAUUCCUGAAGUACGGCUUUGGCGGGAUCUACGUGCCUCACCACGACUUCUUCAGCGUGCACACACCGACCUCACGUCUCCAUGGUGAUCGCAUUGCCACCGUGAUCUUCUACCUGAACGAUGUGGAGCAUGGGGGGGCCACUGCCUUCCCCAAUUUGGAUCUAGUGGUGCCCACGGAGCGGGGCGCAGUCCUCUUCUGGCACAACAUGGAUGGCGAGACAUACGACCUUGACUAUCGCACCCUCCACGGCGCCUGUCCCGUUAUCGUUGGCACUAAAAUGGUGAUGACGCGCUGGAUAUACGAGUGGGAUCAGAUGUUUGUCAAGUCCACCUACUAUCCACCUCGGCAGAAGGACUACAGGCAAUUUAAUUGAGACUUCCGCUGUUAAAUAGCUCCUAAGAGUCGAAGGCUUUUUUGUAUUUGGGUCACAUGAUUGUAUCAUAUUUAACGAACAUUGCCACAGUGAUUACUGAUAGGUUGUA